AUGAUUCUUAUUGAAAAAGCCACUUCGAGGGUAGCCCAACCUCCUAGCACAUUCGAGAACUUAACUACUACUCCUCUUUGGAAGCUACUGCACGUGGAAUAUCUUCACACAUCUGCCAGCUGUUCACAUCAUCAUCCAGCUCAACACAUCAUCUUCUUGUAUCUGCCACUCAGCAUCAUCUUCACAGCUAGUGACAGGGAGGAAGAGAGUUACGGAUCGGCACCGGUUUACGCUGUUGGGCCGCUCAUCAGAGUGGCUGGACCGCCCGCUUCGAGGAGCCAGUUGUUGGAUUGGCUAGACGAGCAACCAGUUGAGUCGGUGCUUUAUAUUUCAUUUAGGAGUCUUGGGGUUCUUUUGGCGCAGCCAAUCACCGAGCUGGCCUUGGGGCUGGAGCUGAGCAGGCAGAGAUUUAUGUGGGUGACAUGCUCACUAGGGGUGUCAAAAAUUACUGGAAAAUCGAAAUUCCCGCGCCCACCCAGCAAGAAGAUUGCAUCCGCAGACACAGGCGAUAAUGCAUUAAACUACUUGCCCAAUGGGUUCUUGGAGCGGACCCACAGUUUGGUAUUGGUGUUCACACAAUGGGCCCCGCAAUCGGAGAUCUUGGGCCAUCGAUCUUUGGGAGGCUUCUUGUCACAUUGUGGGUGGAACUCGUCUCUGGAGAGUAUGCUAAGCAGCGUGCUGAUGAUAACAUGGCCACUCUACGCUAAGCAGAAAAUGAAUGCUACGAAACUGGCUAAAGAGGUUGGAGUGGCUGUACGACCUAAGAUUGCACCGACUAAAAGAGUGGUUGGAAGGGAGGAGAUUCAGAUAAUGGUGAGAAAAGUUAUGGAGGAACCGGAAGGGAAGGCUAUGAGGGCUAGAGUUAAGGAGCUUAAAAUCAGCGGGAAAAAGGCUUUGACUCCGAGUGGUUCUUCUUUCAAUGCCGUGUCUCAAAUUGGCAAAGCAAAUGCACGAAAGUGA